AUGGCCACAGCAGCUUUCCAGGACUCAGCACCAGCUCAGCUCCACUUCCCUCUGGGUACAGCCACUCUGCCGUGGGCCAGCACUGUCACCAUGCACCUCGCCAGGCCCAAAUCUGCCAAGGGACAGAGGCCAAGCUUGAGCCACCGUCAGGGCAUGGAAGCCUGUCCGUGCCAUGUGCCAUCUUCCCCACCGGCUGCCUCUCCUCAGGAAUUGGUGAACAGCCAGAGAGCAGCACUCACAAAACCGGCAUUCACACCUGCCCAGGUGUCUCCUGAGAAAAUCCCAAAGCUCCUGCAGCAAGUGCCUUUGAAGACCUCCUCCUCCUCCCUGAACAAGUACCAGGUGCUCCCCUCCAUCAUCCGGAAGGGCGCAGGGAGUGACGCCGUGGGAGCGUUGGCUGAACGAACCGACCGGCUGGAAGUGAGGGAGGGGCAGGAGGAUGCUCCAAAAGCCAUCAAGACUUUUUCUGGAGGACAGGGAUCUGCCAGCACGUUGUCAGGAAGUGACAUUCCCACUGAAGAGAGCUCACACAUGCACUGUGCCCCCGAACAGUGGGGAAGGCAGGUGAGGCAGGAAAGCCCUCAGGUGCUCCCUGUGAGCCCGGAAGAGCCGCACGUGCUGCUCGCUGUCCGAUCUCCCUCUGGGCAGAGGUUUGAGCACCACUUCAGGCCCUCUGACAGUCUCCAGAUGGUCCUUGCCGUGGCAGGACAGAAACUGUUGGCCAGCUACCAACACUGCAGCAUUGAAACCAUGGAGGUUCCCCGGAGGAGCUUCUCUGACCUUACCAAGUCUCUUCGCGAGUGCGGGAUCCUGUCCAAGUCCGUGCUGUGCAUCCGACAGGACGAGCAGCAGGAUGCGGAUCUUUAG